AUGGCCCGGGCCCGCGGCCAGGGCCCGGGGAGCGGCGGGCGGCGGCGGCCGCGGCGGGGCGGCGCGGGAACCGGGCCCAGGGGGGAGUCGGCCGGGCUGCUGCUACUGCUGCUCCAGGUGCUGCCGCCCGGGGCUGCGGCAGGGCCGGGGCGCCGGAGCACGCGGGGCGCCGGCGGCGGAGGCGUCUGCUGGCCUGGCGCUGCCCCUGCCUUUCCUCGGGACGCACGGCUGCUGCUGCUUCUGCCGCCGCUACCGCCGCAGUCGCCGCCGCCGCCGCCAAGCUCCGCGCCCGCAGCCUCCUCCUCCUGGAUGGACGCUCUGCCCCGCGGCGGGCUGAACCUGAAGGAGGAGCCGCUGCUGCCCGCCAGCCUGGGCUCGGUGCGCUCCUGGAUGCAGGGCGCGGGCAUCCUGGACGCCAGCACCGCGGCGCAGAGUGGCGUGGGCCUGGCACGAGCACAUUUUGAGAAGCAGCCCCCCUCCAACCUCAGGAAAUCCAACUUCUUCCACUUCGUGCUGGCCAUGUAUGACCGGCAGGGGCAGCCGGUGGAGGUGGAGCGUACAGCUUUCAUCGACUUUGUGGAGAAGGACCGAGAGCCUGGGGCUGAAAAGACAAACAACGGGAUCCAUUAUCGCCUCCGGCUGGUAUAUAACAACGGACUUCGGACAGAACAGGACCUCUAUGUGCGUCUCAUCGACUCCAUGUCCAAGCAGGCCAUCAUCUACGAGGGGCAGGACAAGAACCCCGAAAUGUGCCGCGUGCUACUCACCCACGAGAUCAUGUGCAGCCGGUGCUGUGACCGGAAGAGCUGUGGCAACCGGAAUGAGACACCCUCAGACCCCGUCAUCAUUGACAGGUUCUUCCUCAAGUUCUUCCUCAAAUGCAACCAGAACUGCCUAAAGAAUGCGGGGAAUCCCCGAGACAUGCGCCGCUUCCAGGUGGUGGUAUCCACAACGGUGAGCGUGGAUGGGCACGUGCUGGCCGUGUCCGACAACAUGUUUGUGCACAACAACUCCAAGCAUGGCCGCAGGGCGCGCCGCCUGGACCCCUCCGAAGCUGCCACCCCCUGCAUCAAGGCCAUCAGUCCCGGGGAGGGCUGGACCACGGGCGGCGCCACCGUCAUUGUCAUCGGCGACAACUUCUUCGACGGGUUGCAGGUCGUGUUUGGGAACGUGCUCGUGUGGAGUGAGCUCAUCACGCCCCACGCCAUACGGGUGCAGACGCCCCCACGGCACAUCCCUGGGGUGGUGGAGGUGACCCUGUCCUACAAGUCCAAGCAAUUUUGCAAGGGAGCCCCCGGCCGCUUUGUCUACACAGCCCUGAAUGAGCCCACCAUUGACUACGGAUUCCAGAGGCUACAGAAAGUCAUUCCCAGACACCCCGGAGACCCCGAGAGGCUGCCCAAGGAAGUGCUGCUGAAGCGGGCGGCCGACUUGGCGGAGGCCCUGUACGGAGUGCCCGGCGGCAACCAGGAGCUCCUCCUGAAGCGCGCAGCAGACGUGGCCGAGGCUCUGUACAGCGCCCCCCGCGCGCCCGCGCCGCUCGGACCCCUGGCCCCCAGCCACCCGCACCCCGCCGUCGUGGGCAUCAACGCCUUCAGCAGCCCGCUGGCCAUUGCCGUCGGGGAGGCCACGCCAGGGCCGGAGCCGGGCUACGCGCGCAGCUGCGGCAGUGCGUCCCCCCGCGGGUUCGCGCCCAGCCCGGGCUCGCAGCAGAGUGGCUACGGCGGCGGCCUCGGAGCUGGCCUCGGCGGCUACGGGGCGCCGGGCGUGGCCGGCCUCGGUGUGCCCGCGUCCCCCAGCUUCCUCAAUGGCUCCACGGCCACAUCGCCCUUCGCCAUCAUGCCCUCUAGCCCCCCGCUGGCCGCUGCCUCCUCUAUGUCCCUCCCGGCGGCUGCCCCCACCACCAGCGUCUUCUCCUUCUCGCCUGUCAACAUGAUCUCCGCUGUCAAACAGAGGAGUGCUUUCGCCCCCGUGCUGCGCCCACCCAGCUCCCCAGCCCAGGCCUGCCCCAGAGCCCACGGAGAGGGGCUUCCAGACCAGCCUUUUGAAGAUUCUGACAAGUUCCACUCUCCAGCUCGGGGGCUUCAGGGCCUGGCGUACUCCUAAUUAUGGUCUACAGGUGUUGUCCCCACUGAGCCCGGACUAGUGGUCCCUCCAGGAUUCACACCCAUGCCCUGGAUGGCAGCACAGACAGA